AUGGCACCUCCCAACCCCACUGGCUUUGACAUGAAAGCCUUCACCAACGCCGCGACAAGCAGAGAAUGGAGAGCAAAAGAUCCAUGGGUGCGAAAUGAAGCAUGGAGAUACAGUGGCCCAUUCACGAGAUUCAACCGGUUCAAAGGAUCGUUCCCUGGCUUAGGCAUUGCUACAGUAGCUUUUGCUGGUUAUGUCAUUGCUGAACAGCUAUUUUUCAAGGAUACACACGCCCAUGGUGAUGGUCACGGCCACGGUGAUGGUCAUUAA